GGUCCGAAUGCUGUACUUAAUGAACUCGCCUUUUUGCUUCGACGCUAUCACUAUCGGAUGGUACACGUCUGGUCGAGACAUCGUUUACAACAUUGCCAACAUUGUUGCAGUGCCUCUUUUAUAUCGCUACCUGCCCGGAGUUGGGCUCGGAAUGCUGGGCGCCGCGACGAAUAUGAUAGAAUAUCUCACGUACGCCCUGUCGACAAAACCAUCACAGUUAUUGAUUGCUUUGUUCAUGUCGUUCGGCCAGUCGCUCCCCGUCAGUUUGAUCCGGGGUGAAACGUCACGUCUUCUUGGACCGGAAAUGCAAGGUCAGGCGUACAGGCAAGCCAUAAACGUGUGGCUAACUCUUAAUAAUAAUAUCCUACAUUGUUAAUAUUAUCAAUACUAAUCUAU